CUUUUCCCCUUCAGAAUUCCCCCGUCCUUUUCUCCCGCUUAUACAAUCCGGCUCUUCGUACGAUAGCACUGGUUACUGGCAUGAUUUUCCAGUGCGGCUGUUAAACCGAUAUGUUUCCUUAUCAGCAGCAAAUAGCGAUCGCCCGAUAGGCAAGAUGUUGCGUCGGAUGAGUUUUGUUUACCCGGUCGACUUAAUCGUCGUGGAAAGAAUACGGCCCUCGCCAUGAGUUCCACUGCUAUUCAGCAUAUCUAAAUCAGAGAAACAAUCACUGCACAAUGGGCGUCUUCAAGACUAUUACUUUCGCGCAACACGAUGGUGUAGAUAUCGAUCUCGAUUACAUGCUGCCCCAGUCACCUAGUUCAGAUAGCAAACUUCCCAUCCUCUUAUGGUUUCACGGUGGAGGGCUACUGCAAGGCACCCGUACUUGUGCCUGGGCGCAUUUAGUGAGCGCUGUAGAGAAAUACAAGCUCUGCCUCGUUUCUGCCGACUACAGGCUGGCACCUCAAACUCGUAUGCCAGGCAUCAUGGCGGACAUCAAGGCUGCUAUGGAUUAUUUGCGAUCCCCCGAGUUCCUUUCCGAGACAGGGAAUGCGGUUGAUCAGAACAAGAUCAUCGUAUCAGGUGGUUCUGCUGGUGGAUGGCUUGCUUUGCUCAUCGGGAGUGGGGUUGGCUUCGAAGCCUGUGGUCUUACGCCUCCCGCCAAGCCACUCGGCGUUGUGCCUCUCUAUCCUAUCACCGACAUCGAAGACUCAUUCUUCACUACCAAGCAACAUCCUGUAUCCUACAUUAAGGAGAUGAUCCCGAAGUCGGCAGUAGCAGCUUACCUCGAUCCUAAGACCCCCCAAUCCAGUGGUUGUCCUCUCACUAGCCCUAGAAUGAAAUGUUACCCUUAUAUGGUUCAGGAGGCGCUUGAACAGGAACUCCUUCUUGACGGUACUGAGAUCCCACCUAGUGCAUUCAGCAUAGCCCCAGCGAUUGCAUCUGGUAAAUUCACUUUACCUCCUACGUACAUCAUCCACGGCACUAUCGAUGAUAAAGUGCCCAUCAGACAAUCUGAGGACGUCUUCAAAGCGUGCAAGCAGCAGAAUAUUGAUGUCACCUUCGAAGUUCUUGAGGGCGUUGACCACCUCUUCGAUAUGGACCCCAAAUAUACGCUCGACGAAGCGUACGCAUUUAUCACUAAGUUGGUACAAUAAUACAAAGUUUUGCUAUCGUAUCAAUGUACCACAAGUGGCUUAUGCGCACCCAUAUGCAAAGACUACCCUCAGAAUGACUAGACAUGUUUGUCGUUGAUUCAUAAAUG